GAGGUGGUCUCUAAUCCACCAUCCACGCUUGGAAGAAAACAGAAGGGAGUAAGUAAAGCAAACUCGCAAGAACCGAAAAGGGGAAGAUAAAAGGAAGGCGACGACAAAUUGUGGUAUUCUUGUUCAUUGCUUCUCACUGAUUUAAACUCGAAUUAUCUAUAUUCGAUGGCAAGUCAACCCACUGAAAACCCACAAUCAAUCUACGACUUCACUGUCAAGAAUGCCCAAGAAAAUGAUGUCAAAUUGAGUGAUUAUAAAGGCAAAGUAUUGUUGAUUGUUAACGUUGCUUCCAAAUGUGGAAUGACCAGCUCCAAUUACACUGAGCUAAACCAAUUAUAUGACAAGUACAAGAAUCAAGGUCUUCAGAUACUGGCCUUCCCAUGUAAUCAGUUUGGUGAUGAGGAGCCAGGGAGCAAUGAUGAGAUUAUAGAUUUUGUUUGCACUCGCUUCAAGUCCGAAUUUCCUAUAUUCGACAAGAUCGAAGUCAAUGGGGAUAAAGCUUCACCCUUGUACCAGUUCUUGAAGUUGGGGAAAUGGGGAAUUUUUGGAGAUGAUAUUCAGUGGAAUUUUGUCAAGUUCCUUGUUGACAAGGAUGGCCAGGUUGUUGGUAGAUAUUAUCCCACAACUUCACCUCUAAGCCUGGAGUAUGAUGUAAAAAGCCUAUUAGGACUUGCAUAACUGGCUGCUUUACUCGUAAAUUACAUGUAAUGCACAUUCUCCCUAUAGAAGGAUAAUGUGGCUGAUGAAGCUGAAAUUGUACUGACCUUGAAGAACAUGUUGCAUCGUCUGUACUGAAAUUGAUCGUUCAUAUCAACUUUGAACUUGUAUCUGGACCUGUGGUUGUAUCCUGAAAGCACUAAACAUGCUAGUGAAGUAAACCAAGAAAAAAAAAGUUCGCAUGUCAUGUAUAAAAGAAGUUGGAGGCUUGGAACCAGUUCUAUAACUGGACUCACAAUGACUAAAUAUUUGGUGAACUAUAGUUGCGGAAGGUGACCUGUCUAAUUUGAAACGCCAAGGACUUUUUUUUUAGAUCUUAUAUGUGGAAUCAUGACAAUUAGACCGGGAAAGGAAGGGCCUACGCCCGACGACCAAUCCAUACAAAGAGAUUAGAAAUAAUUUUUUAUGUAUUUUGACCAA